UCAAAACAAAGCCUCACCCAAAAAAAAACAACUCGAUUUUUGAUCAGAAAUGGCCUCAACAAUAAUCAUCUUCGAUUUCGAUAAAACAAUCAUCGAUGUAGACAGCGACAACUGGGUGAUGGAAAAUCUCGGAGCAACCCAGCUCUUCAAUGAGCUUCGCCCAACGAUGCCCUGGAAUCCUCUCAUGGACAGGAUAAUGGGUGAGCUGCAUUCACAGGGGAGGACUAUUGAUGAGAUUGUAGAAUGCUUGAAGAGGAUUCCUUUGGAUCCUCAUAUAAUUUCAGCCAUUAAAUCUGCUCAUUCUCUUGGGUGUGAUAUGAGGGUGGUAAGUGAUGCCAAUUUGUUCUACAUAGAGACUGUUCUCAAGCACCAUGGGAUCUUUGGGUGUUUUACUGAGAUUAAUACAAAUCCUAGCUAUGUUGAUGAAGCUGGGAGGCUGAGGAUUUUCCCUUACCAUGAUUUCACCAAAUCUCCACAUGGUUGUAAUCUCUGCCCUCCAAAUAUGUGCAAGGGCAGGGUCAUAGAAAGAAUCCAAGCAUCGACAAAUUCAAAAGAAAAGAAGAGAUUCAUUUACCUCGGUGAUGGCAGAGGAGACUACUGCCCAACUCUGAAACUAAAUGAAGGAGACUAUGUGAUGCCAAGGAAAAACUACCCAGUUUGGGAUCUCAUCACCAGCAACAUCGGCCUCAUCAAAGCUGAGAUCCAUGAAUGGAGCAACGGCGAAGAGCUUGAGAAAACGCUAAUGCAGCUCGUCAAAAGCUCGACAUCAGCACAAUUGUUAUCGGUGGAUUGCAAGUCUCAGGCAAAACAAUUGAAGACUCAUGAAGGUCUCGCUAAGGCUCUGCAUGUUCAACAGUAGAUGAAUGCGAUGUGCUUCAUCUUCUUAUAUUGCAGGCUGUUAGAUUUGUCGAAUGCUGCUGAUUUAUAAUUGGAAGUUGACAGUUUACACAGAUGUAUGCGGAUUGAAUGAGUAUAAUGGAGUUCAAACUCCAAAAAAAAAAAUUCAGGAUAUCUCUAAAAGUUCAUUGCAUGUAUAUAACUUGUGCGUGUAUAAUUGGCGGGGAUUCUAAAAGGUUUUCAGGA